AGUGGGGCGUGGGUUCCCGCCUUCUGCCUUCCGCGGGAUGCUCCAGCUGUGCUCCGGGGCUUGCCUUGAGGCUUGUUGCAGAUGCUGCUGCCCCCGAAGCAGCAGCCGGAGGAGCCGAAGACCCUGGCGGCCGCUCUCUGCAUGGCGCGGGCGCUGGCCCUGGCUGCCUGGCUGCUGUGGGCGGCCUCGGGGGGCUCUGCUGCUGCUGCUGCUGCUGCCCCGACGGUGCUCUCCUUCCCGGCGCCGGUGUCGGCGCUGGCGGUGGCGGGGGGCCGGGUGCUGGUGGCCAGCGGUCCUUGCUGGUACGAGGCGCCGCCUUCCUUGGCCUGGAAGUCGGAGGGCCGGUGCCAGACCCAGGCCCAGGGGGAGAAGGAGGAGGAGGAGGAGGCCCACAACCAGCUGCUGCUGCCCUUCGGAGGGGAAGCGGAGGGGGACGGAGACGGCAAGGGCUGGCGGCUGCUCAGCUGCUGGACCAAGCCCGACUGCGGCUGCAUCCUCCAGGAGCUGCUGCCGGAGGCGCCCGGCGGUUCCCCGGCUGCUUCGCCGUCGAUCCGCUUCGGGAGGGAGCUGGUGAGCUCCUUCUCGGACUCUCGCUCGGCCGGGUGCCUCUACUUCAGCCCCGGGCUCUCCGAGUGGCUCCUGGUCCUGGCCACCAGCCACCAGUCCUUGCUCCGACCGGGCUCCCGCUCGCGAUGCUCGGAGAAAGACAAGGCGGAGGAGGUGUCGGAGAGCACGGCCCGGACGGCGGUCUCCCUGAGCGGCAGGCAGCGGGAGGGCCGGGUGGGCGAGGAGCAGGCCCUCUUCCUGGCCUCCUCCGCCGGGGAAGGAGGAGAGCAGCAGGGGCCCCUGGCCUUCGCCGAGGCCUUCCUGGCCCAGGGACACUUCUUCUUCCCCUUCUGGCACCCCAACCGCCGCCUGGCGCCCAAGAUGCUGGUCCUCCAGCGGGACCUGGCCCAGGACCAGCUGCGCCCUCGGGGCCAGAAGGCCCUCCGCUGCCUGGGCCACGCCGCCCUCCGGGCCUCCCACUUCCUCCGCGCCCGGCUCCUCUGGAUCGGCCUCUUCGGAGAGGAGCCCCGGGGGCACCAGGGCCGCCCCGAGGCCAGCGCCCUCUGCCUCUUCCCCCUCCAGGGCCUCCUCCGGCGCCUCGGAGGCUGCAGCUUCGGACCCGGCGCCGAGUUCGAGCCGCCCUCCUGGAUGGACACGGCCUCGCCCUGCGAGGAGAUUGCAUGGCCAUUAAACAACUCAACUUUACUGACUCACUCCGGUUUGGUGUCUGUUUAUGCCACUGUAGUUUUGAACAAGACAGUUUUGUUUUUGGGGACACAAAACGGGCAAUUACUUAAGGUUAUUCUUGAUGAUAACAUGAAGUCAAAUUGCCCAGAAAUUUUAUAUGAAAUAGAAGAUGAAUCACCAGUUUUUCACAAACUUGAACUUGAUCCUGUGAACGAGGAAUACAUCUAUCUGCCAUCUAAUAAUGAGAUAAGAAGAAUACAAGUUGCAAAUUGCAGCAAAUAUGUUUCCUGUAAAGAAUGUUUAUCUGCAUUGGACCCACACUGUGGAUGGUGCCAUUUGAAGAGCAGCUGUACUUUAAAAGGAGAAUGUCCAUUUUUAGAGAAGUCGUUAAAUUGGACAAGCAUUUUAUAUGGAACUGAUAAAUGCCUGAAAAUCUACACAUCUAAUCCUGACAGAGGUGAGAUUUCUGUCACAGCCAGUGGAGAUUCUUUGGCUCUUUCUGAAGGAUUUUCCACUUGUACAAUGAUAAAUGCAAAGACAAGCAAAGUUCUUUGUAAGCAUCCAGGCAUCAACUGUACCUGUCAGCUAAAGACUGCAGAUCUAAUAGACAAAGUUAGAGUAUCAGUCGUCUCUGGUUCCUGGCAGUUAACAGAAAUGCUUGAAUUUAAUGCGUGCCCAUCACAGAAAACAUGCUCAGAAUGUAAGCGGCUUGGCUGCAGCUGGGAUGCUAGAGAAAACAGAUGUGUUGUCUCCACUGACACUUGCAAAAGAAAGGUUAACUGUGAUGAGAUUAUCAGUACACCAAGUAGGAAUGUUACUUUGCAAAGAUCAAAGCCCAUGAUCAUUACUUCCAUUAAACCAGCAUGGAUAUCAACACUGGGCAAAAGUGAAGUGCUAGUCAUAGGAGAAAACUUCACAGGAUCAAACAUUUUGAUGGAAAUAAGUGGAACCAGUAGUUGUAAGCCAGAUGAGAUAUCUGUCACUAAGGUGCUAAAUCACACACAUAUGAAAUUCUGUUUACCACCAAGUCGCAAAGAAGUCAAGAGCGUAUGCAUAAAGGAAAGUGGGUUCCAAUGCUCACAUCCUGUACCAUUACAUUAUGUCUCUCUCCCAAAGUGUUCUGAGAUCUUUCCAAAUAUUACAUGGAGGAGUGGAGGACGCAACAUAAUUAUACAUGGGAGAUACUUGAAUAUUACAGAUUCAGUUCUUAUUGUAGAUGAGAUGGAACAAACCUUGAUUCACUUUACAUGUCACACAAAUAGUGUUGAAUGUAAUUUUACAACACCAGCUAUUAAACCUGAAAAAAUGAUGAAAAUGGCUGCUAUUGUCCUAACAAUUGAAGAGAGGCAUGUACCUUGUAUUAAACUUCAGUAUGAUCCAGAUCCUGAAUUUAUUCAUUAUGAACUGACAACAGAUUUGGAACCCGACUUGGAGUUAAAAAUACAUAAAAAAAACGAUUCACUAAAUAUAUCAAGAAGUGAAAUUGAAAUUUUUCUGUCUCAUGUGGUUAAUAAAGAAUUGGUGAAUAUAACUUUCACUGUCCAAAAUAUUUCAAACACUGAGGAUCGUAGCAUUAUACACAGCAGAGCCAAAAAUUCUGGUAUCAAGAUUGAUAGAUCCAGUGUGAAAGUUUAUGUCAAGGUGGGAAACUUUGUGCAUGAAGUCCCAAAUGAAACACACGGCUAUGUAUAUCUGUACAUCCUUUUCUUAAUAAUCCCUAUAGUAAUUGUAGCUGCAGUUCUUGUGACUCAACGAAAAUCCAAGCAGUUAAAUAGAAAACUGAGUGCACACUUGGAGCUUUUGGAAUGUGAAAUUCGUAAAGAAAUACGUGAAGGAUUUGUUGAACUACAGAUGGAAAAGCUGGAUGUGGUUAAUAAUUUUGGAACGAUUCCCUUCCUUGACUACAAACACUUUGUUCUUAGGACUUUCUUCCCAGAGCCUGGAGGCAAUCCAUUUAUUUUUAUUGAAGACUCCAGUGCACUACUUAGUAGAAGUCCAAGUCAAAAGGAUGAAAGCAUUACAGAAUUGUCUAAGUUAAUUUGUAACAAAAAAUUCCUUGUUACUCUAAUUCACACUCUGGAAAAACAGAAAACUUUCUCUGUAAGAGACAGAUGCCUUUUUGCUUCUUUCUUGACAAUUGCACUACAAACAAACCUUGUCUACUUAACUGAUAUUCUGGAAGUUUUGACAAGAGAUUUGAUGGACCAGUCUAGCAAUGCUCAACCUAAGCUGAUGCUAAGACGUACAGAAUCAGUAGUAGAAAAACUGCUGACGAAUUGGAUGUCUGUUUGCCUCUCUGGUUUUCUUCGGGAAACAGUUGGAGAACCGUUCUAUUUGCUUGUGACUACUCUAAAUCAAAGGAUGAUCAAGGGUCCUGUGGAUGUAAUAACUUGCAAGGCCCUGUACACACUAAAUGAAGACUGGUUACUGUGGCAAGUAACUGAAUUUAAUACAGUGGCAUUAAAUGUUGUUUUUGAAAAUAUCCAAGAAAACGAAGGUGAAGGCACUACACAGAACAUCCAGGUUAAUGCCUUGGAUUGUGACACCAUAGGACAAGCCAAAGAGAAGAUCCUCCAAGCUUUUCUAAACAAGAAUGGCGCUCUUUAUGGCCUCCAACUCAGUGAGAUGGGCCUUGCUCUUCAGUCAGGUGUGUAUAUGAAAGAACUUUUAGAUGUGGAUAGCUCCUCUGUGAUUCUGGAAGAUGGAAUUAUCAAGCUGAACACCAUAGGCCAUUAUGAGAUUUCAGAUGGAGCAACUAUUAAAGUCUUCAAGAAGGAAGAAACAAUUAUAUCAGGUUGUUCAGAUGAGGAAUACUCUGAUAACUAUUGCCACCUAAUACUGCCAGAUUCAGAAGCAGCCAAAGACACACAAAGUGCAAAACAUAAAGGAAAACAAAAAUUUAAAGUGAAGGAAAUGUAUCUCACCAAGCUCUUGUCUACCAAGGUUGCAGUUCACUCAGUUGUUGAGAAACUCUUCAGGAGCAUUUGGACUUUACCUAACAAUAAAGCUCCAAUUGCUAUCAAAUAUUUUUUUGACUUUUUGGAUACUCAGGCUGAAAAUAAAAAAAUUACAGAUCCUGAUGUAGUUCAUAUAUGGAAAACGAAUAGUCUUCCGCUUCGAUUCUGGGUGAAUAUAUUGAAGAACCCUCAAUUUGUUUUUGAUAUUAAAAAGACUCCACAUAUAGACGGCUGUUUGUCAGUAAUUGCACAAGCAUUUAUGGAUGCCUUUUCUGUAUCAGAACAACAAUUGGGAAAGGAAGCACCAACAAAUAAACUCCUCUAUGCUAAGGAUAUCCCACUUUACAAAGAAGAGGUUAAAGCUUUCUAUAAAGCAAUAAAGGAGUUGCCUCCCUUGUCCACUUCAGAAAUAGAAGAUUUUUUAACUCAGGAAUCAAAGAAACAUGAAAAUGAAUUUAGUGAAGCUGUGGCCUUGAAGAAAAUUUAUCAAUACAUUGCAAGAUACUUUGAUGAAAUACUGAAUAAAUUGGAGAAAGAACGAGGGCUGGAAGAAGCCCAACAGCAGCUCCUGAAUAUAAAAAGUUUAGUUGAAGAAAAGAAAAAUUGCAAAUGGAUUAAAGAAUGUACUGAUUCCUAACAGCACUGGGAUGAAUCUUAAGAAAUGCUACUGUUGUGGCCACCAAAUUAAGAGUGUUGUCCCCAGUCUAUUUCUACUCAGUGUGAAUCUUGGAGCACAUAGCAGCUAUUCAACCAGUUCAGUCAAAAGACUUAUUCCAGUAGUUCAGCACAGACUGGUACACUGCACCACUGCUGCAAAUACGCAGCCAAAGGGACGUCUUUACUAUAAGCUGGUGGCAUGAUAUUGCUUGCCAGGUUCCAGCUAUUAAGUAACUCAAACAAUAUUUUUACCACAACAGGUAUCACAUUUCUUUGUGAUUUUUACAAAAGAGCCAUGGCCAAAAAACUAUCUGAAACAACUUGCUCACAGUUCAUUUCCAGAGUGAUGCUACAUAGGCCAGUUUGUCGAAUAGUCUCCAUGACCUAACUGAGCUGCAGCAAUAUGCAUCACAUAGUUCUUUGCUAUUAGAUCUACAUCAUAACCACAAAUACAUUCCUGCUGCUUGUAGCCUGUGCCAAGGCCUUAAUGAGUAGCAGGCUCCUGGAUACUUGUAAGAGGGGGCGUGAAACAGUUUGUUACACAAUGGAAAAAGACACUCCUGACUGUCUGUGGCAAUUGUUUUCAAAAGUGUUGCUCUCACACAAAUAUUUUUUCCACUUUAUUUUAACAAAGAAGAGGUGCUCCUGUUUUUACGGAUUUGUGCCUACAGGUAUUUGCAAAAUUUUUAUAAAACUGAAAUAGAAACUCUACACAAAUGGGAAAAUCCCCAUCUUAAGAAUUAUAUAUAGGUUUGCAAGUACUUGAUAUAAUAUGACAUUAUACCUGAUUCAUGCCACAUCACUUUGCCUGGCAGAACAGCACUAUUACCUGGUACGUAUGUGUUACACAGGAGCCAAGUCUGCCAAACUCGAUCAAGCCAUUACCAUUUUUCUCUAGGACACACUGUUGGCUUAUUAGGCAACUUGUGGACUAUUACCAAAUCUAGAUGGUUUUAGCAAAGAGGAAGAAAAUAAAAUCAUCUUGAAGCUAUUUUUAUUUUUCUGCUUUUUCCAAAUUUGGUGUAUAUAUGCCUCCAGCACUGGAACAUAGAGGGCUUGCUCACAUUGUGAAGCCUGGCGAUGUCUGUCUAUGGUUUGUAAAAAAAGCCUUUGUAAAUAUACACCAAAAAACUGGAGAGAUUUGUUAAUAUGUAUUUUAAAAAUACUGGUGUUUUCCCCUUCUAUCUUUCUUCUGGAAAAGUUGGUGAUUAAAUGUGUAAUGCGGCAAAAUUGUCUCUUCUGAAGAAAGUACAAGGGCAGUUCCUUUAGUAAUCUGAGAUGGCAAAAUUACAAUAAAUGUAUAAUGAACAGAA